GUGGAGGUAUCCUGGCACUUCAGCUUGAUGCUUCGGCUGGAAUCGGCGCACCGCUACAAUUCAGAUUUGUGGAGGCUGCCUGUGCCUUCCGUGAAGUUUUGGAAUCUCGACGCCAAGGCUAUUCCGCAGAUGUCGAUGGCGGAAUCAGUGCCUGGAAGAUUGAGAUCGGAGCUGGAAUUCUGAAGCGAAUUACAAAGAAGGCCAAUGCUCACAGUGGCCGGAUUCUGGCUUUCAACUUCGAUGCUGCCUCAAAGUUGCUGCUCACGGCAGGUGUGGACAAGGCCGUCUGUAUGUGGCAGCUGGAUGCAAGCGAAAGGAUCGUGAUGGUUUGCCGAUCAAGCCAGGUACUCCAAACUGGCGUGCUGGCCUUAGCGUAUGAUGCCGUGACAGGAAUUGUUAUUGCGGCGGGAAUGUCCAGCGAAAUCAAUGCCUGGCGGCACAGUGGGGACUCCCUGAAGCCGCUGCCUUUGGACAGGGAGCCCGAUCAGGGCGAGGGCCUCCUCGUCUUGCGUUUCGAUGCGGCCUCCAAGGUGGUACUGGGCGGCGGCAUGGACGGCUCAGUCCGCGCCUGGCAGUUGGAGCUCGCCGCCCUGGAGCGGGUGGGUCAGCCAGUCGGGGCACACCAGGGUUGGGUCCGCGCGCUCCACUACGACGUGGACAACGAGGUGCUGGUCAGCUGUGGCGAUGACGGCCAUGUGAAGGCUUGGAGGCGUCAGGGCGUGGCUUUGGCAGAAACGGGCACGGCGCUGCGUGCCCAUCCGGAUGGUGUGCGGGGCGUCUUGGUCAACGGCCGGUGGCAGCUGGUGCUGAGCUGUGGCGACAACGGCAUGGUCAAGGCAUUUGAGCAAGGGGAGUGGGGGCUCGAAGCCUGCCCCGAUGGUUCGCACGAGCAUGGUUCGCCGGUCUUCAACCUCCAAUACUUCGUGAAGCCGCGGCUGCUCAUGAGUUGCGGCAUGGAUGGAGGCAUAAGGGCGUGGCAGACAGAUCCGGCCACCGGGCGCUUGCGACUGCUAGCGCAGGAGACAGACAACAAGCAGCCAACGCUGGCGAUGAAGUUCGAGCCAAAGAACGGAACGCUUUUCACGUCUGGCCUCGAUGGUUCCAUUCAUGCUUGGAGGCUGGACAAAGACCGAAUCUCGCCCAUCACAUCCGUGGCAGAGGCUCACGAAGGCUCCAUUCGCACGAUGUACCUGGACCGGCGUGCCAACCUGCUGCACACAGCCGGGGAAGACGGGGCCCUAAGGGCCUGGCAGCUCAAG